CCUGCAGUUCCCCUGAAGAGUGUGGAGGUGGACGUGCAGGUGCAGGGCCAUGUGGCUACCGUGUCCUCCAGUCUGCUGUACUUGAACCAAGAAGAGCGCCCCAUGGAGGCGGUGUUUGUCUUCCCGCUGCCCGCAGAAUGUGCCCUCUGCCACUUCAGUGCCAAAUUAGGAGACGUGGAGGUGGUGGCAAAGUUGCAGGACAAACAGAGGGCACUCGAGGAGUAUGACGAUGCACUGAGCUCAGGCAAGCCGGCCUUCCUGCUGGAGGAGAAGGAGCAGGGCUCAAACGUCUUCCAGCUGACUGUGGGCAGCCUGCCUCCGGGACAGAGUGCCGCCAUCACGCUGGUCUACAUCUCCGAGCUGGCCAUGCAAGCUGACGAUGCCCUGCGCUUCUGCCUGCCUACUGUGUUCAACCCCCUUUACACGCCACAGGCUUCUCAUACUACUGUUACUCCGAUGAAGCAGUUACUUUGUGCCAGUUUCAUACCGUGUCAUUUUGUGUCAUCGUUUUCAGACAUGGACCAGAGUCCAAUGGUGGCCACUAUAACAUCAAUGCCGGUCGAUGGCGUUCCUUACACUUUGGCUGUGAGGGCUCAGGUGUCCUCCCCCCAGCGCAUCUCUAAAGUGGAGUCCAACUGCUCUCUGGAGCCACUGGAGUAUCUCAACUCAGAUCAAACAGAGGCCAAGGUGAGUUUGUCCUCGGGGUACAAGUUUGAUCGGGACGUGGAGCUGCUCUUCUAUUACCAAGACGCUCACAAGUCUACAGCCAUCGUGGAGGCUGGACAGGAGAGUGCAGAACCAGGUAAUGCGGUCUUAAAGGAUAACUUCUGCUCACUUAUGCGUGAUCCCGUUGUUAUGCUCAGCUGCUACCCAGAAUUGCCAGCUUCAGAGACUGGGGAGUUUAUUUUUGUGAUGGUCCGCUCGUGCAGUAUGGACAGCAAGAUGCACUCUGGAAAAGAUGCCAAGAAGCGCAUAGACAGUGCUAAGGACACCCUUCUCUUGCUCCUCAAAAGCCUACCUAUGGGCUGCUACUUCAACAUCUAUGGCUUUGGCACCAACUUUGAACAUAUAUUCCCGAAGAGUGUUGAGUACAACCAGGAGACACUGGAUGAAGCUCUUGCCAAAGUGAAGGGGAUGAGGGCGAAUAUGGGAGGCACUGAGAUCCUGCCGCCAAUGGAACACAUCUACAGCCUGCCCUGUGUUCCCAACCACCCCAGACAGCUCUUCAUUUUCACUGAUGGAGAGGUGGGAAUUGGAAACACAAAGGUCGCAUUGAACCUGGUAAAAGCUGAUGUAAAUCCUACCCGAUGCUUCUCUUUUGGUAUCGGUGAGGGUGCCAGCACUGCUUUCAUCACCGGCGUGGCCAAGGAGGGUUCUGGGCAUGCUCAGUUCAUCACUGGAAAAGACCGCAUGCAACCCAAGGUGAUGCAGUCUCUCCGCUAUGCACUGCAUCCGACAGCGAAGGACAUCUCGGUGGACUGGAACCUUCCCGAUGGCGUGUCAGUCUCCACUUUGUCCCCUCUACCCACAUUUCUCUUCCACGGCCACAGGGCCCUUCUGUAUGCUCAGCUCAAAGGAGAGGUGAGUAAAAAAAAAAAAAAUUACAAGACAUUUUAUUUAAAAGUGCCUUUCAAAACACUCAAAGCCACUGCACAGAGCGAAGCAAUAAUAAAACAAGACGCAUAAAAAACAGAUUGUAAACAAAAAUAAAAGAAAGCAGAGCAGCAGGGGGGUAUUCCAGAGCUGGGGAGCAGAGCAACUGAAAGCUCUAUU